AUCUCAUGUAACCAGUACAACCACCGGAAGAGUCGGAACUCAAAUGGAAGUCAAAAGAAAGCCACAACUUCUCAAGUCAAUCUUGGGCACCAAAAUCAGCACCUACUGUCACAGUCUUCCCCCAUUCAUUCAAAGCGCUAACAAAACUUCCCCGCUAAUCUCGCAUUAUUUAUUAUUAUUAUUCUUAACUCCUUUUCCACUUUAUUUCGCAUUCAGUCCGAACACACACACUCCACCACCCAAACGUGACACGAUGUCCCUUCUCCCCCUCUUCCUCUUCCUCUUCUUCCUCUCCUUCUCCCGUAUUCCGCUCCUCUCUUCCUCCGACCCCUACGAACUUUCUUACUACAUUGACUGCGGCGGGCCCACCAACAGCACGGACCCCUUCGACAUCACGUGGCUGUCGGACCGCUUCUACAGCGGCGGGGCAUCCGGGAUUGUCUCGGAGCCAUUGCGCUUCCGUCACCCGCAGGAGAAGACGCUCCGCUACUUCCCCCUCUCCUCCGGCAAGAAGAACUGCUACUCCGUUCCGCUCCCCGACGGCCGUUACUAUGUCCGUACAUUUACCGUCUACGACAACUACGACGGUAGGUCGCACUCCCCCUCCUUCGACGCCUCCGUGGAGGGCACGCUCGUCUACAGCUGGCGCUCCCCCUGGUCCGAGUCAAUUGCUCGCGACGGCGCGUACUCCGAUCUCCUUGCUUACGUCUCCGACGGCCACGUCGACGUAUGUUUUUACAGCAUGGCCACCGACCCGCCCGUCGUCGGGUCGCUCCAGAUCAAUCAAAUCGACCCGCUCUCGUACGACUCCGCAUCGUCCGGGAGGAGCCACGUCCUCGUCAACUACGGUAGGUUCAGCUGCGGGUCGGACCAAUGGGGCCCGGGAUUCACUAACGACACCGACCUCUUCGGCCGAUCCUGGCAGUCCGACGAGGAGUUCCGACCCCAAACCCCAACCGUCUCCUCCCAAGCGUUCAGAACCAUGUCCACAAGCAAUUCCAUAAGCGGGACCAUCGCGCCGCCGAACUACUUCCCGAUGAAGCUGUACCAGACGGCGGUGACGAUCGGCGGGAACAGAGCGCUGGUGUACGAGCUUCCGGUGGACGCGAAGCUGGACUACUUGGUGUGGUUCCACUUUGUGGAGAUGGAUUCGAGCGUGACGAAAGCGCAACAGAGAGUGUUCGACGUGGUGGUGAACGGGAAGAACGUGAACAGGAUCGAUAUACACAAGGAGGUCGGAAGCUUCGUGGCAUACACUUGGCACUACACGGUGAAGAAUCUGAGCAGCACUACGCUGACCGUGAGGCUGGUGCCGGUGAUUGGCGCGCCGGUGCUUUGCGGGCUCGAGAAUUACGCUCUGGUUCCGGUUGAUCUUUCCACAGUGCCUGAGCAAGUGAUUGCUAUGAAAGCAUUGAAGGAUUCACUUCGCAUUCCGGAUAGAAUGGGUUGGAAUGGUGAUCCUUGUGCUCCUACAAAUUGGGAUGCUUGGGAGGGGGUUACAUGCCAUCUCAACAAGAACGAAACGGCCCUCGUUAUAUCUCAAAUAGAUCUUGGAAGUCAAGGCUUGAAAGGAUACAUUAGUGACCAGAUCAGUCUUUUGUCAAACUUGGUAAGCCUGAACUUAAGUUCUAAUUCUUUGGGGGGUACAUUACCAUCUGGGCUAGGUCAAAAAUCCCUCAUACAGCUGGAUUUGUCAUACAAUCAGUUCACAGGGUCGAUUCCAGAUAGUCUUGCUUCUUCAAAUCUGCGGCUGGUGCUAUUGAAUGAUAACUUACUAGAAGGGCGAGUACCAGAGGAACUUUAUUCAAUUGGUGUGCAUGGUGGAGCUAUUGACCUCUCUGGUAACAAAGGUCUGUGUGGUAUGCCUCCUUUGCCAGAAUGUCCUCUAUUCUGGGAAAAUGGUGGCUUAUCUACCAAGGGUAAAAUUGCGAUAGGCUUGUCAUGUCUUCUUGUUGUCUGUGUGCUGCUGCUGGUGAUAUACAUGCUCUGCAUCAGAAGGGGUAGACAUGAUUAUGACUUUGCUCUACCUCAAGAUUUAAUGUCACUUUCCGCAAAGAGAAACAGGUAUCAGAGGCAGAAAUCCUUGAUGCUUCUUGAGAUGGAGAGCCAACAUGCGAAAGGACUGCCAUCACCUCUCACACCCUAUUAAUUGAGUAUUAAAAAAAGUAGAAUAUUCACAUUGAGUCUUCCCCUCACCAAAGAGGCAUAGCAAGUCAAUGUUUAGCUUUGAUUACACGAGACGAUGAGAUAUGAUGUUGUGAUCGGCUGCUGCUUCAGAAGGAUUAUUUUCAUAGUUUUGGCUUUUCUUAACAAUUUCUUCUGAAAUGGGUCACGGUUUGUGGAAUCCAGUGUAUCUAGCUCUCACCUAAAACAAGCAGAUAAAGGCCCCCAGUGUAUCAUAUGCAAUUUGCAGCAUUUGAUGAAUAUCUGAUGUAAAUUCAAUAGUGCAAUGUAUGUAAUGACACCACAUUUUAUACCAACUGGACACCCGAUUCAUUUUGUCGA